CCAGAGCAGGAACCGGGUACAAAACCGUUGUUUAGGGUUCGGGCUGCGAGUGCUUCCCUGUGUCGGAAACGCUGCCAUGGACCCCGCGGAGAGCCACCAUGGCGUCACCUGGAACCAGAGCACCCUGGGCUUAAGUCUCCACAGCACCACAGACACACUGGUGAUGACGUUCUACCUCUUGCUGGUCGUGUGCGUCGGGCUGUGGGCUUUACUGUCACACAGUCGCGGGACAGUAAAAGACUUCUUCCUGGCUGGCCAAAAUCUAGCAUGGUGGUUGAUGGGCAUUUCCAUUUAUUCUUCAAAUAUUGGCAGCGGCCACUAUAUGGCCCUGGCUGGCAUAGGUGCAGCUUCAGGGAUUGCUGUUGGGGCCCUUGAGUGGAAUAGUAUAUUUAUGCUCUUUCUUCUUGGUUGGAUAUUUGUGCCCAUCUAUAGCAAGGCUGAGGUGGUGACAUUGCCAGAAUAUCUGAAGAAGAGGUUUGGCAGCCUCCGCAUCCAGCUGUUCUUCACUUUCAUUUUCUUAAUCGUCUAUAUCUUCAGCAGGAUCUCGAUGGAGAUUGGCUUUGGCGCCAUGUUCUUGAAAAUGGUUUGGGACACUGAUAUUUACCAGACCAUGUUGACCGUGCUGACGAUCAUCGGCAUGUAUACCAUCACAGGUGGCCUGGCCACUGUGGCUUACGUUGAGAGCUUACAAGCUGGUAUCAUGAUUUUGGGCUCAGCCUUGUUAAUGGGUUAUGCCUUUUAUGAAGUUGGAGGGUAUCCGAAGCUGGUGAGUAAGUACAUGGAAGCCAUCCCAAGCAAGACCCAGCAGGGGAACUGGACUGCCCAGCCAGAGUGCUAUCUGCCCCGUCAGGAUGCUUUCCACAUCUUCCGAAGCUGUGUCUCUGGAGACAUUCCUUGGCCUGGACUCAUCUUAGGGGCCACCACUGUCUCUCUGUUCUACGGGUGUGCCGAUCAGGUUUCUGUCCAGCGGUUUCUGGCAGGAAAGAGCAGGCUUCACAUGGAAGGUGGCUGCCUAUUGUGCGGCUACUUAAAGCUGCUGCCCAUGUUCCUCAUGGUGAUGCCGGGCAUGAUCAGCCGUAUCUUGUACCCAGAUCAAGUGGCCUGCGUCGUGCCUUCGGAAUGCCAGAAGUUCUGUGGCCGAGGAACCGGUUGUAGUGCCCUGGCUUACCCAGUGCUGGUCUUAGGAGUGAUGCCUCAUGGCCUGCAAGGCUUUAUGCUGUCCACAGUGUGCGCCUCCCUCAUGUCUUCCUUGACGUCUAUUUUCAACAGUUCCAGCGCCCUGUUCACGCUGAACAUUUAUACCUGGAUUCGGCCCACGGCCACCGAGAAGGAGCUGAUGAUAGCUGGCAGGUUUUUUGUUAUAAUCUUGCUCGCCGUCACCAUUGUCUGGAUCCCCAUUAUAGAAAUGGCCCCCAAUGAGAUACUGUUCGAGUACAUGCAGGUUCUUAAGAGCUGUCUGACCCCGAGCAUGACUGCCGUCUUUCUGCUGGCUGUCUUUUGCAAGAGGGUGAACGAGCAGGGCGCCUUCUGGGGACUGAUUGUGGGAACCACAAUUGGUGUCUUUCGACUGCUGGCUGAGUUUUUCUAUGGCCCGGUGACUUGCGGGAGAGACCGCCAGUGUCCUAUAUUCAUCUGCGGCCUCCAUUACCUCUAUUUUGGCUUUUGCCUUUUCUUGGUCACCAUUCUGAUCAUACUGGCCAUCUCCUUAGCUACGGAACCGAUUCCAGAUCACCACCUCCAUGGUCUCUGCUGGAGUUUACGUAACAGCCAACAGAGGAGAGUGGCUUUAGACAAAGAGAUGAGAUGGAAGGCCUUCCCCAGCUUCACAUCCCAGCCAGGUAUGUUUGGGGAGGCCCACACCUGCCUCUGGAAGUUCUGGGACUUGUUCUGCGGUCUCGACUCACAGUCAAAGUGUAAGACAGGCCCGGAGAACGCUACCGAGAAGGAGUUAGAGGACACCUGGAAGAAGGUUGUAUCCAGCGACAGGUCAACGGCCUUUGAGAUUCUGGCCAGGAGAAUGGCAGCCAGAAAGAGUGAGGAACACGAGGAUAGGAUGAAAGACUGGAGCAACGAACCCGAGAGCCUCUUCUGGAAGAGAGUCGUGCAGGCUAGCGCCAUCCUUUUGUUCCUGAUUCUCAUUGUUGCGCAUGUCUAUUUUGCCUGAUGAGCCAGGACUUGCUGCCUUUCCCAGCCUGCCUGCCUCAUUAUGGAGGGAUGAAGUGUUUCCUUUAUAGAGACCCAACAAUAUGGGGCCAAAGACCUGACGAGCAAUAACAGCUAGCGCGCAUGCGUGGACCAGAGACAAAGCUGUCCCCGUGUUUACAAACUGUGCGGGUGAGGAUGUGUGCUCCUCUCUGAGGCGAAACCUCGUCUCUAAAUUUCUUAGGCAAUACAGGCUUUCUUUUUUAAAUUUAAUGCUGGCUUAAAAAAGAAAUCUAUGAUAAUUUUGGUAUAUAUUUUUAAAAUCUCCCCACUCAAUAUCGCUUUGCUGUCUAAGCAUCUGGAAGGGAGGCAUGGCCCAGCUGACAGAUGCCAGUGGCUAAAGUCUUGCUCCACUCUUGCUGCAGGCUGUUGCCCACAGGUGUUGAAUCAAUGCCAACGACGACGACCACUCAAGCCACCAGGGAGCAACAGCUACCUCCUUGGUGCGAACUUCAGCCGGUCAGGGAUGCUCUAAAGGAACUGGUUCUUAAACCACUUACCACCGAUUGGCUUCAGUUGCCUUGAUUCUCUAGAGGGUAGAGGCCACUCCUUUGCUAUGAGCUCUUCUUAGCCAUACCCCGUUUCUUACAAUAAGAGCGGGGGCCUAUGGGUAAGAUUCUUUUAGCCUACCUGUCCAGGCAUCCUGGGCUAUGUCUCUCUGGGAAUUCCCUAAACUUCUCUUUCUUCUUCUCGGAUCAUAAUAAAUGACCUGUGUCGUUACCAAAA